AUGAGCUUCUCCAACAUGUUGAAUCGGCUGCACGGCCAGCCCGAGAGCUAUGAUAAGAAAUCGAAGUACCGAUUCGGAAGAACAUUGGGCGCAGGUACCUAUGGUAUCGUCCGGGAAGCAGACAGCCCUAUUGGCAAGGUGGCAGUGAAGAUUAUCUUGAAGAAGAAUGUUAAGGGCAAUGAGAGGAUGGUCUACGACGAGCUGGACAUGCUCCAGCGAUUGAAGCAUCCGCAUAUUGUCCGCUUCGUUGAUUGGUUUGAAUCAAGGGACAAAUACUACAUCGUUACAGAGCUGGCUCAAGGCGGCGAGCUCUUCGAUCGAAUUUGUGAACAGGGCAAGUUCACGGAAAAGGAUGCCUCUCAAACAAUCAAGCAGGUCCUCGGCGCCGUAGACUACCUUCACAAGAACAACGUUGUUCAUCGAGACUUGAAGCCUGAGAACCUACUAUACAUGACUAAGUCACUGGACUCCGAUCUUGUUCUUGCCGAUUUCGGUAUCGCCAAGAUGCUCGACAGCAAAGAUGAGGUCCUGACCACAAUGGCGGGGUCGUUUGGAUAUGCGGCGCCCGAAGUGAUGCUCAAGAAGGGACACGGCAAACCCGUCGACAUGUGGUCAAUGGGAGUCAUCACAUACACGCUGCUCUGCGGCUACUCGCCGUUCCGCUCGGAGAACUUGCAGGACUUGAUCGACGAGUGCAGUAACGCGCAGGUGGUCUUUCAUGAGCGCUAUUGGAAGGAUGUUAGCGACGACGCCAAAGACUUCAUCAACCACCUCCUCCAGCCGACCCCUGAUGAUCGAUGGACCAGCUCCGAGGCUCUAGCCCACCCAUGGCUCAGCGGCGAGAACGCAACAGAUCACAACUUGCUACCAGAGAUCAAGGCGUACAUGGCUCGCGCUCGUCUAAGACGCGGUAUCGAGCUCGUCAAGCUCGCAAACAGGAUCGAGGCGCUCAAGAUGCAAGAGGACGACUCGGAAGACUCCGAUAUGCCUACCGACUCCAUCUCGGCGGCUGACCAGUCCCGGAAAUCGCCCGUACCCACUGUCAGCAGCAGCAACACCGACGACAGCACGGCUACCACUAGCAGCGAUGGUAAGCGAUCUCUGUCCAAGACCAUCAAGGGCGCCAUCUUCCGCGAGGUCGUGCUGGCCAAGGUGCGCGAGAUGAAGGAGCAGGAACAGACACUCAAGGUCACUGAGGAGGUCGAGAAAGAGGUCAAGCGUCGAAGCUUCCACGGAUAA